AUGUUGACAAAUGGCAACGAUUUGAUAGAUAUUGAAUCGUGUAUAGAUAAUCCAAUAAUCGCUCCUUUGGGUGAGCAUGUAAAGUUGUCUAGCUUCAAUUUCGAUGAGAGACUUCAACAACAUGCUUCACCACUAAAUAGUAGAAGGAAUAGCAGAAUUAAAAUAGCCGAAUCACUAAUCACUGCAUCAGAUCCUCAAUCAUCAACAAAAGAAUCAGAGAACAAAAAAACCGAGCCUAUUACUUCAUUAACAUUACGAAGACGACGCUUGACUGCCGAUCAACUCGAGAAUCAACUUAAUAUUCUUUCGGCAACUACACCAAAAAUCAACAUUUCAUGUAGACUCGAUUUCCCGACCCAAAUUUUUCAACUUGUCAAACUCGAUUUAUCGCGAAAUCGAUUAUCAGAUCUCCCAAAAAAUAUUGCUAGAUUCUGUCCAAAUUUACGGUAUCUUAAUCUUGCAAAUAACGCGUUGACUUCUUUCCCGAUCGAGCUUUUGCACUUUAUGCAUUUAGAAUUUCUCGACUUAUCACAAAAUCAGAUUGCUGGUCCGAUGCCAAAUCAACUUCCUCGUUGUUUGACAAGUUUGAAAACUUUGAAACUCGAAUCAAAUCAAAUCACCGCACUACCAUCCAGUUUAGGUGAAUUAAAGAAUCUACAAAGUUUGGUAAUGGGUUCAAUCUUUGGUGGUAACAAUUUGGAAUCAUUCCCAUCGGACUGCAUAUCAAAGAUGCCAAAUCUCAUGGAAUUGAUUCUGUCACAUAAUUCUUUGAGAAAUUUACCCGAUGAUAUCGGCUAUUCUGGUUCACAAUUAGAAUAUUUUAGUGCGAUGGAUAAUAAACUUGAGUCGAUUCCGAAAUCUAUUGGACUCUGCACGCGAUUGCGUUCAUUGAAUUUCUCACGGAAUCAAAUUGCGUCGUUACCAGUGGAAAUUGCCGAUCUCUCACAAUUAGAAACUUUGGAUUUAACGCAUAAUUUGCUUUGUAUCAUUCCCGGUGAUAUUGCUGAAUUCUUGAAAAGAACAACUUUGUUGUUGACUGGCAAUCCAUUCACAAAAGGUGAUUGCGGUGUUUCAUCGUCACGCCGUGUAAUUAACCAUAUCCCAAUCAGUAAUGAUGUCGAAGAAUCUGAUAAUGAUCCAAGUGAAGCUUAUUCAAAAGUUGUUUCGAUGUUAUCGAAACAGGCUAUAGCAACCACUAUGCAGUCGGACGAUUUUGACGAUGAUGCAAACUUAGAUUUUCAACUAUACUACGCUCAAAAUUACUUCUCUUCUUUAUCUACUCCACCCACAUCUUCGAGUACACGAUUCAGUACGCCUGGGCCACAUUUCACCGAUUAUGAUUCAUUCCCACCUGUAACAGGAAUAUAUUCUCAAUUGCAGCCAUCAAAAUCAACAACAUCAAUAUUACCUACCAAUGCUAUGGAAAAUACUGGUUGUAACACUCGAGCAACUUCAAAGCCAAAUUUUAUACCUACUUUGGCAGAGCUAGCUGCGCGUAGUACUCUAUUGAACGAGGUUCCUGUAUCUCCGAGAUCUUUGCCACAAAGAAUCUAUGAAUAUUUAAUUCAGGGAGGCAGACCAUGCUAUUUCUGUCAUAAGCCAUAUGUCAAACAAUGGAUUAGUUCGGUGCAGGUGAAAGGAUAUUUGGGCCAUCCGGCGAUACUACGCCGCAUCAGAAUCUGCAGCACUCAGUGUUGGAAUAUGUACCUGAAAACGUUGGAAUCGGAUAAACCAUGUGAAGCGAGAAAUUGCGAAUCAACUUGCAAGAAUGAUUGUGGAAUGGAGAAAGCAAGUUGGCGAGUGAAGUGUGUUCUCGGAGAUGAAGAAGAGUAA